AUGCACGGGGACCUGCAGGAGGAUUGCAAACGUGAAGAGCUUACCUUAGAUAUCCUGAUAAAGAUGUCUUGCCCCACAGGAGAAUAUCGCAUCCACAGCCUCAACUCCCGCUCCGACCUCCUUCGCACCCUCGAGCGCCACCAAGACACCCUCAAGCAGCCGUGGCCCGCUUUCUUCCACGGCAGCCCGACCCUCACAACCUACCUCCCCCGACUGAUCGACUACACGGGCCUCCUACGCUACCAAUACGUGAUGGUCUGGCAGAAUCACACAGGCCAAGAGACGCUCGUCGCGCACGCUCGUUCCGUCCCGUUCUACUGGCCCGAACUCGCCGGCUUUCAUCGCCGCCAGCCUCCCCACCUAAACCCUACAAUCAGCUUAGCAGGAGAAGACGGUCAACGGGUCCUAAACUCCCUCCCCGACGGCGGCUACGAAACCAUCCUCUCUCGCGCCGUGGAGCAGUUCUUCGUCCGACACGGUCUCCCCGCGAUGUCGCCCCCCUUGACGCACGAUCAGGCUCGCGACAUGGCCGUUCGGCGACUCAGCGAGGCGCCUAAUGCGCUGGUAUCGAUGGGCAUAGUGGUUCAUCCGGACUGGAGGGGCCAGGGGAUCGUGAGCCGGAUGGUGCAGUAUAUGACGAGCGUUGCAGGGAAAGAUGGAUUCGGUGUGUUGGUCACACCGUUGCGACCGGCGGGGAAGGCCCUUUUUCCGACGGUCGACAUGCAGGAGUAUCUGGGUUGGAGGAAGGAGUUGGGGCCGAAGACGGUGGGUGGGUCUUUGGCUUUCUCUGGGCCUGUGUCGAACCGGUCUAUGUCUGUGUCGGCGCUUGUGGGGGACGGUGAUGUGGUAUGUGUGCCGUUUGAUCCGGCGCUGAGGAAGCAUGUUUCCUUGGGGGGGAGGGUGGUUAAGAUUGCGAGGAAUAGUAUUUCGGUGAUGAGGGAUAUUGGGGCGUGGGAGGGCUGGACGAAAUUGGAUUUGGAAGAGUUGGUGGAGUCAGAGGUUGAAAAUUGCGAGAUGGGUUUGAAGGAGGGUCAAGCGUACCUGGAGAUCUGUGUUCCUGGCGCUUUGGUUCCUGUCAGAUACUAUCCGAAAGACAGACGACUGGUCUAUUGCGAGCCCAACGUGUGGGUGUAUCAUAGUGUGACUGCACCCAGAUAA